GUUACUCCUACUAUGCUGUGUACUGAGUUUCCAUGGGCAACUUGAUUGUACUUUAUUUUACAUAAGUACAGAAAUAAAAAUGGAGUCUGAAGUGGAAGUUGACUAUAGUUGUUCUGACCUCCUCGACAGUGUGCUAAAUAUGUGUCCAGGAGAUUUGGAAUUUCAGCACAUCCUAAAUGACAUUGAUGACAAAUUAAAGGAAAACUCUCUGGGUAUGGAGCAGUGUCUACAGAAUCUUCAGCUGGAAAUGAACGAAUCAGGUGUUAGUCAAACGCUGCAAAACACCACAGACUAUCUCCAAUGGGUUAACUGUUACCACAUGAUUCCUUCUAAACCACCAGAGGCACCUCAUUGUCAAGUGAUAGAAUUCCUCAGGACUUUGCAACAUUAUUUAAAGAACACAUUAAAUCAAGAAUAUAUAGUCCUUCGUUUCCUGCUGGACCUGUUUAAUCAGUGUGGCAUCCGUUUUGCUUCUUCUCAAAAUGGAAGUUUCUUGCAGUGCGCCUCUCAAACCUCAAUACAUGCAAUCGAUGAUGAGCCUGGUGUGGACAUCCAGACUGCAUGGGAAGAUGUGAGACUGCAUUUACGGCGCUUUCUAGUUGGCAAUUUACAACAAAAUAUUGACACAUGUAUAUCUGAGUCCAGGAUUCAGAUGAAAACACAAUAUCUACAGCAGUUUUUGUUUCUUUAUCCUGAAUCAGAUGUUCUUAUGAAAUAUCAGAAUAUACAGAGCAACGUUCUCAUUGAUCUUUUACAUAAAUAUAGUGAGAUGAAUGCUGAUAUAAUCUUUAGGGUUUAUGAGGAUGCAAUGCCCAAAGUGUUUUCAGUGAUAAAACAAGAUUUGUUUGUAUUAAGUCGGCUUGUAGAUGUUCCACUAAUAGUUCGGUUUAUCAAUGACACUUUCUUUGAGACAAUCUCUGAAGAGAUGAAACAGUUCUUUGAAAUAUUUUGCAAGGCCAACUCCGCAAAUAAAGCAGACCUUCCACUAAAGCCAAGCAAGAACAAGCAUAAAGAGAGGGUGCAAGCUUUUGCUGCCGAGGAUCAAUCAAGAAAAGCAACUGAUUUAUAUUUACAUUUGGAUCAGUUAAAAUCUUUAUCCAGAUUUGUUAAACAUUUUUUGUGGCUUGAGGAAAAAGUAGGAGAAGCUGCUUCUGAAAUAUUGCAUAUUUCCUGUUCUAUGGAAAUAAAAGGCAACAUACAAGGCACUUUAAAGAGUGAUGGAGUGGAAGUUAAAGCAAAUGAAACAUACGUGUUAGACGAAAGUUCCCUGCUAAUGAAGGAAACGCCUGCUUUAAAAUUUGGUUGGAGGAAGAACUUGAAAAUAUUGUCACAGUCUCUUCUACGCUCCUUCACAAGUGAAACGGAGGCUUUUAUCACUCCAGUUCUGCAAUGUGAAAAAGAAGCAUACGCGUAUAAUGGUGGCUGCUGCAUCAGUCUAGUUAACCCCUACAAAUCCAAUGAACACUAUGGAGCAGUUUCAGAGAAGGAGAAACCAAAAAAGGUUGCUAAGUUUUGUUUCAGCAUAAUUGAAGAGUUUGAUGUGCUGUUUCCAUUGGCACUGGCAUGCAGAGAAAAUCAACUACAAGAAAUAAGAACUUGCUUUGUGGAAGCUUUCUGCAAAAUGGCUGCAUCAGUUCAGACAAUUAUGGAAGAGUGGAGCAGCCAUGUCCCAUCCACAGCUCCAUUGCAAAAUCUGUUUGCUAUUCUCUCCACAUCUGUCUUUGUUCUUCAACAUUUUACCUUUUAUAAUGAGAAAAUGUGUAAGGAGCCUCUGUUUCUAGCAUCUGUCCAGAGAUAUCAGGAAUUUAUCAGAAAUAUCCAGCUUCAAGUUAUAAAUUACUGCGUCAGUGUUUGUGCUACAAGUAUUUUCCAGGAUUCUGAGAGUCACUACUGGGAUGACAACAAGACAUUUUAUGAGGGAGAACGAUGCUCAUUUUCGAUCCAAAUGUGGCAUUACUUUUUCAGUGGGCUUCGACAUGAUCUUUGGACUAUUCUGCCUCCAACUAUAGCGCAAGAUAUUCUUAGGGAAGUGCUUGAAAAAACGUUGGCUUUGCUGUCAUACAGAUACGCCCAAGUAAAUCCCAACUACAAACGAGCAUCACAGAUAAGGAUUGAUGUCAUGGCUAUUCUGUCUUGUGUGGAAAACAUGCUGUGGUCAGUAUGCGGCACAGUACAAGAUAUCAUAAAUCCUUCAGCUCGCUCAAAAGACUUGAUUUUGAAGAUACAUUGUCACUGUAAGAACUUACUUACUGUACUGUUUGUCCUAACUGCACCUUUAAAGACAUUACACGAGACGUUUAAGAGUGGCUUCAGAGAAUUCUCUUCAGAUUCUUCAGUUACCUCAUUGGCUGAUCAAUUAGACUGGCUUUGUUUUAUUAAGCCAUCUUUAUUUCCUUCAGUGGUUAAUUUUGAAAGGACUCCAUCAGCAGGAGAAAUGGCAGUCCAGGGUCAACUAAAACUGCUUUUAGCCCAACCAUGCUGUAAUUGGAACUUGCUUUUGGAAACACUGCUGCAUUCUGAUUGUGUCAUUGCAAGAACUUUGCUGAGUUGCUCAAGCGCUGAGAUUUCGGAUAUGGAUGAUACGUUAGCUCUAGACUGCAAAGACGUUGACGUCACUGAAGCGAUCCUUACAGUGUUAUCCUACUGCAGCCUCUCACCUAAAUCUUUCACCUCUGUUCUGGAAAAAUAUAUGGAUCAAGAAAGACUUUGGGACACUUUAUGCAUUCAGGCAGCUGAUGCUGAAGUAAAAUUUGUGCCUCCAGUGAUCAGAUACUUAAGAAGGAUCCUUGUGAACUCAGUGACAGGGACAUUGAAACAAAUCACAUCAGUCAUUCAUGAUAUUGAGCCAACUGAACACUUUAAUAUUCCUGAAAAUUUACUGAGGGCCCUUCCAGAGAAAUGGAACUUUGUACCAAGAGAUGAAAAGCAAAAACAAUCUGUGAAAAACAAAACACAACUGACAGCUUACUUAGUUUGCACCGUGAUCAGCAAGCUGCCUUCAGCAAUCGCAUGUCUGCCUUCUCCAGUAAAAUACUUCUACUUGAUCUCAGAAAGAAACAUUUCUGAAACGUACAAUGUUCAAAAAAAUAAAGGAUUGCUAAUUUGCAACCUAAUCAGUGUUGUUUGCCAUAUUCUAGAAGAUGGAAACACAUUAGAGCAAAUGACUGGUUAUGCACUUUCUAGAAGGAGUAAAGAGCUACUUACUGCAGUUUGCCAAAGUUUGGAGACUAUAAUUGGUAUAAACAAUGGUCACAAAGAAGUUCUAAAAAGAGUGUUGGAAAACAUUGAGGAACAGAGACCAAAGUGGAUUGGAAGCCAGAUGCAGAAAUCCAGAACGCUGAGCAUGAACUGUGACUUUGCAAAUCAAGGAGAGAGUUCAGUUUCACAAAACCAAGACACCGGUCCUGAACUGACUGAGCAGAAAAUAAACAUAAUGGUCCUGGAUAUCUGCCACAAACCAGGUGGCAACGAGUACCUGAGGCAAAUUUAUCACAUCAUCCAGCUCAAUGAGGAUUAUCUGAAUGACGCAUUGUCUUGUCAGAGUUGUUGCACAGAAUCAGCACAUGCCAAAGCUUUCCAGUUGACCUUGCACAGUGCGGAACAGUCUCCUUCAUCCUUUAAUCCUCUGAACAUGUUUUCACUUCCAAAUGUAGAUGUCUUAAGAGAGGCAUCGAGUGAGUGGAGCUGUGAUUGGUCAAAGAUCUCAUCCUAUUGUCUGGGAAUGAGUCUGUUCACCUUCAGAGCCCUGUUGGGGCACAGGUGGGAGGCUAAAGAUGAAGAAAGUCUUUCAGAAGAUGAAAGGAGUCUAUUGGAACAGUUAAAACAACUUUAAUAGUGAAACCCAUUGUCAGUAAUUCAUUGGCAUUAAUGUUUCAUUUUAAGUCUUAAUAGCUGUUUAAAAGCAGUUUGUGUUUCUUAUGUUCUUUGCGAUAAGUCUACAAAAAUGAUGGUAAUAAAAUGAUAAAUUAUUUAACACUG